UUGCCUUGGAUAUUGUGCCUAACCCCCAAUAUUUACGCCAUAACCCAUGGUAGGGCUAUGCUUAAAUAAUUGUGAGAUAUUAUUAAUGAUCACCGGAAAUACCUAUAUUCAAUAUGGUAAUAUCCAAAUGAUCCUAUUUAGUCACUAAUUAUUUCCUAAAAUGAAAUAGAAUUCCUAUAAAUAUAUAGGCAUCAGUCUCUUGGCUUUUCUAUCAUUCAUUCCUCAAUUAGCAGUGAGAACAGAGAAGAGAGAAAAAUGGCAACCCUCAUCAAGUGCAGUUCAUUCUUGCUGCUCCUUUCCUUGCUUCUCUUCAUCUCUUUCUCUGGAAUGGCUGAGAGCGCUAAGUUCCGUGGCUCAGAUUGCAAACCAAGAUGUACGUAUAGAUGCUCAGCAACAUCACACAAGAAGCCAUGCAUGUUCUUCUGCUUAAAAUGCUGCUCAAAAUGCCUGUGUGUUCCUCCUGGUACUUAUGGUAAUAAGCAAGUUUGUCCUUGCUACAAUAAUUGGAAGACCAAGGAAGGAGGUCCCAAGUGCCCUUGAAACCUCUUUAAAAUUUUUAAUUCAAUUUGAUGUCUUAGAUAAAAGUUUAAUUAUGAUGGGGAGUUUUGUCA